CGCUAACUUGAAGUAGGCGGUUAUUAGGCCCUAGCGAGUUAGAACCUACAGGCUUCGAUCUGUUGAAAAAAUGACAACGAUAGACUGGACAGCAGAUGCAAAUGAGGCUCUCACUCUUUCGCUAGUCCGAGCAGAAGAGGAUAAACAGGUGCUUGGAGGCGAGGAAACUUAUGAAGAAUUUCAUCCGACAUUUACUUACCCUAUCUACGGAGAGGAUGAAAGGAUUUAUGGUUACCAAGACUUGGUAAUUGACCUUCGAUUUGCCUCCGGUUCACUGGCACAAUACCUAUCUGUCCGCUACGCCCAAAAGCUAGAUGCGUCUACGACCGUGGACAAUGUGGAAGGCAUAUUAAAAGAGUUCAUACCCCCUGACUACGAUACAGACGAAGCAACAUUUCUCACACGCGUCCAAGAAGAUGCAGUUUCUUUCAAGCCUAUAGGCAACGUCAUACAUACUUAUACUCGACCCGCGCCAAGCACGUCAGGAUCCAGUUCUGCCACUCGGGAAGUAGUCGAGUACGAGGUGUAUCAUGCGACAUGGAACGAUCCGGGAUUCAGAGAAUAUCAUAGGCGAAUGCAGAUUUUCAUUCUGUUAUACAUUGAAGCAGGCUCCUACAUCAGUGAAGACGACGACGCUUGGGAAUUUUUUGUGUUGUAUGAAAAACGCAAGCGGCAAAAUGGCACGAAGACAUACCAUUUCAUUGGGUAUUCAUCAGUGUACAAAUUCUACUGCUUUCCCGAAAAACACCGUCUUCGUCUUAGUCAAUUUGUAAUUGUACCACCGUACCAACACCAAGGCCAUGGAUCCGAGCUGUACAAAACAAUCUACAACUACUCCCUCCUCACCCCCCUCAUAUCUGAGUUGACAGUGGAAGAUCCCGCCGAGGCAUUUGAGGAUCUACGAGAUCGAAAUGACCUCAGGAUGCUCCUCGCCAAUGAGAAUUUCAUGAAAGAAGGCUUUGGCAACGAAACUGUUUCGCACGGUGGAGGAAAGGUACGAAAACGGAACACUCGCGCUCGAGCAAACCCGAUGGGUGCCUCAUCCGGUAUGGUGAAAGGCACCGGGAAAAUGGGUCCCCCGAUAGAUAAAGCUUGGUCUGAGACGUUUCGGACACAACUCAAGGUGGCGGGGCGUCAAUGGCAGCGGCUUAUGGAAAUGCUAAUCUUGAUGCAUCUCAACCCCACCGACAUUCAGGGCGCAAGAGCAUAUCGACUGCAGGUCAAGGAGCGGUUAUACCGUUUCAACUUCGAAAUAUUGGCCCAAUUAGAGAAGGAGGAACGAUUGGAGAAACUGGAGGAGACAUUCCAAAGCCUACGAGAAGAUUAUUUGAGAAUAUUGGAGAUGAUCAAGUAGCGCGAUUAACACACACUAGUUGUUGUUCUCACUAUUGCUAUUUGACAGCACUUAUAAUAUUCCUGCCACCUGUUUGAAG